CCCCUUCCCCCCUCCCAAAUACCGUCGCGUUAAUCGCGCUGCACGAACGAACGCGGCUGUCAACGGUGUGUCAGACUUCGUGCGGAAUUAUCGUCGAUCGUUGUCGUCGCCGCCGCUCUUGAACGUCGCGCUCUCGCUUCUCGAUCGGACAUCACGCAGGAAGAGACGGAGGCACAAGCGGAGAGAUGUGAGACGCCCUCGCGCCAGGCGGACGCGCUUACCAGCGAAAUAAACGAACGCUCGCGUCGUCGCGAUGAGCCGUGGUUAUGUUGCCCGAUGGAGAGCGGUUUAACGACAAUGGCCGCGAUGUCCCCGUCGAAGCGAAGACUCCAGAAGGAACUGAUGUCCCUGAUACGUGAGCCACCGCCAGGUGUACACGUGGACGGAGCAUUAGCGGAGCAGAAUCUGACGCAAUGGAUCGUUCACAUGGAGGGUGCUAAGGGCACGCUGUACGAGGGAGAGCUGUUUCAGCUGCAGUUCAAAUUCAGCUCCAAGUAUCCCUUCGACUCCCCGGAGGUGACGUUCAUCGGCGGAAAUAUCCCCGUGCAUCCACACGUCUACAGCAACGGCCACAUUUGUUUAUCCAUAUUAACAGAGGAUUGGUCGCCCGCCCUCAGCGUGCAGAGUGUCUGCCUGAGCAUCGUCUCCAUGCUCAGCAGUUGUAAAGAGAAGAAGAGGCCACCGGACAAUACGUUCUAUGUAAAAACCUGUAACAAAAAUCCGAAAAAGACAAAAUGGUGGUAUCACGAUGACAGCGUUUAACGCAGGAAGACUCCGCGAAGGUGUUACAACAACUCGUCGACAUGGUGGGAUCGUCGGACCAAGGGAGUUUACAUUCAGACGGUGUCUGAUACGUCAAAUCAAUAGGGAUUUUGCGUACAAUAUUAUAUAACGUCACAUUAUAUAAACAGGAAAAUUAGAUGUGAAUAUAUCAAUGUCAACGCGCUUUCGCUGAGGCAAAAUCCGGCCGAGAAAAGCGACCGUAUACAGGUAACGGGCGUUGCUGUAGUCGUGUGUGCGCGUUCCGCGUCCGACUGCCGCAAUCGCUUUUUCAGCGUGAAAAAUAUGUUGAGAAAAAGACAAGGCUACAACCUACUUACUACCGUCGUAACGACUACCGUAACGAUAAAGUUAAUAAUUGUAUACCGCGCGAGUUGUUCGGACAUAAAUUAUUGCGAUGUUGCUGAUAGUGAUGCAUAUUAUAUUAAAGUUAACUGAAACAUUA